AUGAAGGAAGGCAACCUACCCCUCCGCAUUGGGCAGUUGUCUGACCCUUCCGGAAUAGGCCUCACAGCUGUCAAUGUGCUAGACUUGAAUAAGCUCGCGUUCACGUUGAGGGUUGUCUCGUGUGUGCAUGCAGAUAUUUGGGUAGAGCCUGGGGCCAAGUUUUACAUGAAAGAUACGGAGAGCAGCACUGGGACAUUUCUGAAUAAUGUUCGAUUGAGCCCUGUGAAUACUGAGUUGAGGCCUUACCAGAUCAAGGAUGGGGAUAUUUUGCAGCUUGGUAUGGAUUAUUUUUAG